AUGACCCGCAUCCCUGAGCUCCCCUGCGCCAUCGCGCGUAGAGUCGUCCUUCGAACGCCACCCUUCCGGCAGAAUCGCACACAGCCGGUGAAGGUGGGGGCGCACCUGAGGGCAAUAUGGGCAUGGGAUGGUGCGUGGGUGCGGCCCAAGCGGGCCCUGUGCUACUGGGCGAAGCGUAGCAAAACAGCAGAGGUUGGUGCUGCCACUGCAGUUUGUCGCUCUGCAGUGGUAGCGGAGCACAAGCUCCUACCUUUGGGUGUUAGAGCCAUGGCGGCUCGUGUGCCGUCGUCGCACGGCAGUCUUGACGGUGAUCCUGCUGAAGGAGGUGAAGGUUUCAGACAACCGGCUGCACCGACAGUGGAGCCGGAGGAUGACCCGUUUGACUCUGACGAGUUUCGGGAGUUCCUGAGAGAACGUCGGUUACGAGGAGGUCGACGAGCCGAAGUGGGAGCAGUUCAUGCCCGACCUGUUGGGCGAUCGGCGAGACGACCAGAGGAUGAUAGCGAUGAUGACCGUCCCAACCGUGGAGGUGGCGCCGGACAACCACCAGAAUGGGAUGGGGUGAGCCAGACCUUUCAGGAUUGGCUCAUCAAGUGCAAGCUUUGGCUGGCGACAACCAAAGCAAAACCCAGGACACAGGGCCCCCUGAUUCUCCAGAGACUCUCAGGGGCACCUUUCCAGGCCUUCAAACACUGGGCCAAGGAUGCGGCGUGGCUGAACAAUGAGAAUGGAGGUUCAGCCCUUCUUGAAGCCAUGAAUCUACCUGAGAACUUUGGUGAAGAUCGAGAAGAAGAUCUCUUAGCCUCGCUUUCCAAGAUCACGUAUCACAUGAAGCGAGGGAAAGAUGAGUCCUUGAGGGGAUUUUGGUCAAGAUGGGAAGAAGCCUUACGGAAGAUCCGAGAGCACCAGGUGAUCCUCCCGGACAAGUACAUCGGGAGUGAGGUCAGAGAGUGGGCAAGGAAACACGAGAUGAAGCUGAUGGCGAAGGAUGUCGGCACAGAGAAGGAUCGGAAAGGGACUUCUGCCUCGACGAGAUCUACGGCGGGGCACUACUUCAUUGAGGAUGAGCACGCGGCGGAGGAGAUCAACUUGAUGGAGGACGCGCUGAACGAGCUCUACUCCGAGGACGCUGAGUAUGAGGAGGUUGACUCGUCCCAGGUGCCCGAGGACGAGAUUCUCGACGAGCACGAAGUGGCAGAGGUGCUGAACACCAUGAUCCAACGCAAGAAGACAUUCGUCCAAAGCGCAAAGAUCAAAAAGGCCAAGGAGCUUGCACGUGGGUACGGGAACUGGAAGAAAACUCCAGCCGGGUCUUCGGCCAGCUCUGGGGGGACAAGCCAAAUGUCUGUUACCGGCCGAAAGACCACCCAGGAGGCCCACUACAUGGAGAAGGACAGCCAGCCUACGGACACCGAGGAGGCGAUUUUCUGCGGCUUCAUGGAAAAGGAGGUCGAGAAGCAGGAUCACUACGACCUGGUUGAGCCCUACGUUGACUUCGCUGGUGAUGAACUACGACUUCCUCCUGCAGAUCGUCUACUGAGUGAUUUGAGCUCUCACGAGCCAUCGACCGCACCCGCGACCAAUGCAACGGCUUCCAAUUCGGAAGAUCGUCUUUUUGGAUUUGAACCGGCCGAUAUCGGCGCAUACAUGUCCGACAGCCCACUGACGGAAGGUUUUGGUUGUGAUUUAGGUGUUGGUUUGGGGGUUGGUUUGAAAGCUGUGAACCGUGAAAUCUUUUGGAGUGAGGGAGUUGGAAAUCCCGGUAACCCGAAACCCCAUGAAGACCUCUGUGGGACUAUUGACACCGGAUGUCAAAGGAUGGCAAUAGGUUUGGCCACUUUGAGGAGACUUCAAUCAGCUAUGCCGAAUGACAUGGAGAUUGGGACCAUCAAACAGGAAUAUCGUUUCAAGUCGGUUCAUGGGACAUCCAGUACAACACAUGUGACUCGAGUGACCCCGGCGCCUGCGGUGCUAACUCCGUUGAAUCUGCAGCCCAUGGAGAGCAACAAGCGUGUGCGUACCGAGCCACCGGAGUGGAGCACACCCGGAGGAGCUUGGUCCAGAAUGGUGCUCAAGCUGCUGUUCCUCAUGACCCGCAUGAGCACUCUUCUGAUCGGACUACUUCUUGGCCGAGACCUUCGUGGCCCCGAGGAGAUGACCAACCAGGAGAUGAGGGAGCGCAAGAAGCAACCAUUCAGUGUAUGGCCUCUCACAAAGAAGCUCGAGGGCACGCUGUCAGAAGUAGCGGAAUCGGACUGUGGAUUCAGCAUGGUGUCCAACAGCCCGUCGAGGGUUUCGAGCACUCCAUCCCCACUGGCUCUGGACAUCGACUACUACAUGGACCAGAAUGUGGAGGGGAAGCACCCGGUCUGCGAGCACGACGAGAUCUGCGAUCUAUGGAUGUGCCGGAAGCAAGGGAGGAACUUCCAACGGAUGUUCUGGCGGUGCCCACUCCCGAUCGGGCGCCAGUGCCAGAUGUUCCAGUGGUGCGCCCAUCAGCCUCACUGGGAGGGACCGAACCAGGCGAUUCAAGCCGGACGCAGCCCCAAGCCCAUGGAGAAAUCCCCCUCGACGAGCGCCUCUCGACCUCCCAAGCCGCCGACGACGCGAACUUCCAGCAGCCCGGUGGCUCCAACGACCCCAUCUGGAGAGGAGGAGACGGAGAUUCAGGCCCAGUGCAAUCAUCUGGGUCCCAAGUGUCGACAGGGAACCAACGGCUUCAGGGAGAAGGUGUCGUGCAUGCAGUGUGGCAAGGUCUUGGUGGAUCGAGCACGCAGCAAGCAGGAGAUGGAAGAGCGUGCGGAGAUUCGCAAGGAAAAGAAGGCCAGCGGAAGUGCGUCGACGAGCUCUCCGGGAUCAAAGGAGAAGGGGGAUGCAACCGACAUGGAGGAGUUCCUGGAAUUCCAGAAGUUCCGCGAGCCCGACUAUGUGGAAGGAACUUAUGAAUUUGCUCCGUACAGACAUGAUUUGUUGGACCCUCACAUGCGUAACGAGGAAGUGGCCAGUUAUGGUGGCUACUUUGUCUUCGAACACCCUGUCACAUCUAAGGCAUGGUCCGACCGAGUUCUACAACAACUGAUGAUGCGAGAGGACGUGGUCCUUGCCAAGGGCGACCAAUGCAUGUUCGGACUGCAAUCCAAAACUGGAGUUCCGAGAAGGAAGUCUACAGGAUGGUGCACUAACUCCAGCGAGAUUGCGGAGAUGCUGACGGUCAAAUGCGAUGGCACUCACGAGCACGACAUGAUCAUUGGCAAGGACGGCUCCGAGAACAAGUCCACACAGGCGCAAAGAUAUCCUGCAGGAUUGGUCCAGGCCAUUAUCAAGGGCUACAAGAAACAGAUUCGAGAGGAACUCUUGCGUGUUGAGUUCUGCCGGAUUGACCAUCUUCUUCAAGAUUGUCUCCAUCUUCAGCGGAUCCAGAAUGAGUUGGUCCCAACCGAGCACCUCAUCUCUGACUUUGACAUCAUGACAGCCGAGCACGAGACCGAUGAGGAGCACGAGGAUUCCAAGAAUGACGAGAUGCCUGACGAUGAGGAGAUCUCGGAGGAGCCGGAGACGGUUGAGGAGCCGGGAGGAGAGACAGAGGGAGCAGAGAACCCGAAAUACACGUAUCUUCCGAGAGAACGACCGUUCUCCCUGCCCCAGCUGGUCAAGCGAGCUCAUGAUGGACUUGGGCAUCCUGCUAACGAUCGAUUGGUCCGGAUUCUCCGACAUGCCGGUGCUAGUCAAGAGGCGAUCAGGCUGGCCCGAGAACACAAGUGCGCUGUUUGCGCAAGGCAUGAGAAGGUCAAACCACCCCGACCGGCCGCACCACCUAGAAACUGGCAGGUCAACCAGGUGGUCGGAGUGGACACUGUUUGGCUACCCACUCUGGGUAAGAAAACCAAGAUGGCGCUCAACAUCGUUGACUGGGCCUCCAGGUUCCAGAUGGUGAUCCCUUUACAAAGCCAUACACCAGCCGCAGCUCGAAAGGCCUACUUACAAUGGCUCAGAUUAUUCGGACCACCUGAACGAGUCUACGUUGAUUUGGGCACCGAGUUCAAGGGCACUUUCAUGUUUGGCAGCGAGGUGGAUUCAACGUACUAUGCUUUCAAAGAGGUUUUCUCUCGAGCGUUGGAGCACCACACUUGCAGCGAUGAGUCGGAGUGGCACAACUUGGUCGACAUUACGAUGAUGACCUGCAAUCGACUGAUGAACAAGUCUGGAUACAGCCCAAUCCAGAGGGUGCUUGGAUAUUCCCCUCGAGUUCCCGGAGGACUACUGACCGGUGGUGGAGGAGACUUAGCAACUUUGGGGAAACUCAGUGCAGGAGACCUUGCCAUCCAGAAUGCGCAGGACAUGCGACUCGCUGCGGCGCGAGCAUUCCAUGAGGCUGAUUGCUCUCAAUCCUUGCGCAAUGCUCUACAUGCUGGACCUCGACCUCGACGAGAAUUCGAAGCGGGCCAACUGGUAUAUUUCUGGCGAAAGGGGAUGGAACGAGCGCUCAAGGACAAGCCAAUGUUUUGGCGUGGGCCAGCAAGGGUGAUCCUCACCGCCAUGCCGACUACGGUCUGGAUAUCCUAUAGGGGCUGUAUUGUCAAGGCCGCUCCAGAACACCUUCGACACGCCAACGACGAGGAGCAGCUUUCACUCUCGGGAUGGAUCGACGACAUCACCAAGACGAAGGAGGAGAUCGAACAACAACCAAGGCGAGGAUACGUCGACCUGACCCUGGAGGAGAUCCCCAAUGAGGAGGAACGACAACAAGCUCUCCCGGAUCCAGAGGCUCCCCGACUUCGACUACGACAGAAAACCGCCGCGGACAAGGUGGUCAAGAGAAGCUCACCGGACGAAUGGAGAUACAAUCCGGCUACUGGUGAAUUGAUCCGAAUCCACUACAACCUCAGAAGAGCCAAGUUCAGACCGACCGAAGAGCUGGCAGGUUGCCCCGUACGCCUUGAGGAGAUUGACAAUUGGAGGAAAUCGGUCAUGAAAACUCCAGAUGGCCUGAUGAUGGAUGAGGAAGAAGAUGAAUGGAAUGGAGAUGGGCCGGAACCGGAUACCCUGGAGGAUUGGGUUGGACGAACCUAUUUUCGCCUGAAGGAGAACGUAGAAGGAGCAGCCCCAGAGUUCGAACGCAUCGUUCGGCCCAGAACGGACGAACCAGCGGAUCGGGCAGGAAUGAACGAAGAGGUAGAAGGGGGGAACGAGAUAGCUCCGGAACAAGAGGAUACCCAAGUGGCUACCGGCGGGGAGGACGCAGAUACCAGAGCUUCAGAAUCAAGGACAAGAUCCCUGCCGGAAGAGGAGGACACAGAGGAUCGACCUUCAAAGAGGAUGAGAACAGAAUUUUUGGAGGUAUAUUUACAAUCCCUGGAGAAGGCCAUGAUUGCAAAGCUCAAGAAGGAGGUUAGCUAUAAGAACAUGACUGCCGAGCUGAAGACCAAGUUCGACAAGGCCAUCAAACGGGAGGUGCAGAACAACAUCGACUCGGGAGCAUAUGAGAUCCUGGACAGAUCUGAGUCGGAACACAUUCGACGUACAAAGCCGGACAAGAUAGUCCAGUCCCGAUAUGUCCUGACUGAGAAGGGAAUCGAAGCCGAGGAUGUUGAGAAGGCCGAGUUUGAAGGAGUACUGAUCUCCAAGGAAGGAGAUUCCAGCAAGAAGGCAAAAGCCCGACAUGUGAUGAAGGGAUUCAGCGAAGAGAACUCGGAGUACUUAGAGGUGACUACCCCGCAAGUGGGACGAGAGACGGUCCUAUUCACCCUGCAGCUAUUGGCCAGCCUCAAGUGGAUGCCUGGCUACCUUGACUUCACCCAGGCGUUCCAUUCAGGAGACGAACUCCAGAGGGAAAUAUAUGCAGAACUUCCUCAUGAAGGACUUCCCGGAUGCCAUCCGAGACAACUUCUACGACUACGAAAGUGCUGUUAUGGACUCCUUGAUGGUCCCUUUCAAUGGUUCAGUCAUUUGCAACGGAUCUUGGUUCAGGAGCUGGGAUAUGAAGCAAGCACUACGGAUCCCUGCCUAUUUCUCCUGUUUGGAGAAAACCGGAGGUUACGAGGAAUCAUCUCUGUUGCCACCGAUGACCUACUACAUGGAGGAGAUCAACUACACUGGGAGAAGAUGCAAUGGUUAAACAAAAACUACAAGCUCGGGAAGUUCAGUCAAGGAGAUGGCAGGUUCGUUGGCAAGGAGAUCAAGAUGCAGGAGGACGGCGGCAUUCUCAUACACCAACCGCUGUAUACGAAGGAGAAGGUCAAAGAAAUUCCUAUCUCUCGAGAUCGGAAGAGCCGGAAGUUCACCCUAUGCAACAAGGAGGAGAUCACACAACUUCGAGGACUUCUGGGAUCACUUGCAUGGUUGAGUAAGGAAACGAGGCCGGACUUGGCAGGUAGAACAGCGUUGCUCCAACAGAGCAUGCCACAGCCCUACAUCCAGGACCUCUUGGACGCGAACGCUUUGGCGAGAGAAGCUUUGCGGUCCCCAUCGACCGGGAUCCGGAUCCAGCCCAUACCACCUGAACGACUUAGGGUUGGUACCAUCACCGAUGCGUCCUGGGGUAACGUCAAGCCUGACUUCCACGACGAGGAGGACAAGGACUACUGGCUGGAGACAGCCAGCAGCUGGAUCAGAGUGCAUCGACAACCUCGUCGACUGAAAUUCCACCCUGGUGCUGCUCCCGGAGGACCUGAUCUCUACGAGAUACAGAACCACCGAGUGACGGAGUCCGACGAUACGCAGCACACCGACCAAUGGAACCAUCGAGACAGUCAACUUCCAAUUGGUGAUCAGCCCUGGCGGGGUCGCACGACAUUCUACAAGAAGAAGGCCGAAGCAGGUAAGAAGGAGGUGAUCAAUGAGAAGUUUUUACAGAAUCAACGACUCGCGAGCCAAGGAGGAUAUAUCACCUUCUUCUAUGAUUCGCAGAUGGAAGUGGAGGAGGCCGCAUUCCCAAUUUCAAUUAUCACUUGGAAGAGCUACAAGGUCAAGCGGUGCACGGUGAAUACUUUGUCUGCGGAGUGCCAGGCGAUGAUUCAAGGAGUCGGAUCACUUCAUUGGAUCCGCGCCCUUUUGGAGGAGAGCAGAGGAACUAUACUACGACUGGAAGACUGGGAACAACAAAUAGCUUCCACUCCCUUCAUUGCCAUCACCGACUCCAAGAGCCUGUACGACACGGUGUCGAAAUGUCGCAACACGGCUUCACAUAUUAGUGACAAAAGGACUGCAAUUGAUGUCACUAUCCUCAAAUCUGAUUUCAAGAAAACCCAGGGUCAAAUUAGAUGGGUGGAGGGUAGCCGAAUGGUUUCUGAUUCUCUUACGAAAAAGAUGAGCGGUUCGUUUUUGAGGUCUGUCAUGGAAAAAGGUCAGUGGUCGCUGUCGGAAAGAGGGUUCCAAACACAGGAAUCCACAAUCCUUUUAGUGUCGAUUCAAUAG